GUUUGCGUUGCUUGCGUCUCAGACCGAGCGGAGACUCAGGAGUCCGAGGAGGCUGCGGAGAGCGUCGUGACCGCAGUGAGAUCCGGAAAGAGGGGAAACCGCCCAGUACGCGUCAACGCCCUGGGCGGAAUGGCACUCCCAUCAUAUGACGACAAGAAGCACGAGUUCGGCACCCUUAGGGUGCGGAUCAUCGAGGCGAAGGGCCUCCUUGCCGCGGACUAUGGGCUCAUGAACAAGAGCUCGGACCCCUACUGUCUCGUCAAUGCCGGCCACAGCGUUCAGGUGAGGACGCACACAGUCUCGGCAACCCUUGAGCCACGAUGGGACACAACGCUCUCCUUCCGCCUUUCCCGGCCCGACGAUGUCCUGCACCUCGAGGUGUGGGAUGAGGACACCACCUCUAGGGAUGAUGCCAUUGGCUUCCUUGACUUGCCCCUUUCGCAGGUGCCUCUCUCCAGCAGCUCAGCACCCCUCCGUGGGUGGGUCCCGCUAUGCCGACCGGAGGCUCAGGCGCUUCCUGGUGAGGUCGUCAACCUCCCCGCGAAGGGCGCAGGGGCCGUCUUGCUGGAG